UCCUCACCUGGACUCUAGGUUCAUCCUUGAGCACAAUGUCUGUCUUCAAUAGUUCUGCCUCUUACCCUCGCUUCCUCCUAACGGGCCUCUCAGGCCUUGAAAGCAGAUAUGACUUGAUUUCCCUCCCCAUCUUCUUGGUUUAUGCCACCUCGAUUGCCGGGAACAUUAGCAUCCUCUUCAUUAUCAGAACCGAGUCUUCCCUGCACCAACCAAUGUAUUACUUUCUGUCAAUGCUGGCAUUCACUGACCUGGGCCUGUCUACCACUACCUUGCCUACCAUGUUCAGUGUCUUCUGGUUCCAUGCCCGGGAGAUCUCCUUCAAUGCUUGUCUGGUCCAAAUGUACUUCAUUCAUGUUUUCUCAAUUAUUGAGUCAGCUGUACUCCUGGCUAUGGCCUUUGAUCGCUUUAUAGCAAUCAGAGAACCCUUGCACUAUGCAGCCAUUCUAACCAAUGAUGUAAUUAUUGGGAUUGGGUUGGCAAUUGCUGGAAGGGCCUUGGCUCUGGUCUUUCCAACUUCCUUCUUCUUGAAGAGGCUUCAGUAUCAUGAUGUCAAUAUUUUGUCCUACCCUUUCUGCCUGCACCAGGACCUCAUAAAGACAACUGUAUCCAACCGUCGACUCAGCAGCAUCUAUGGCCUCAUGGUGGUUAUCUGUUCCAUGGGACUUGAUUCAGUGCUUCUCCUCCUCUCCUAUGUCCUCAUCCUGAGCACAGUGUUGAGUGUAGCCUCCAAGACAGAGAGAGUGAGAGCCCUCAAUACUUGCAUCUCUCACAUCUGUGCUGUACUCACCUUCUAUACGCCAAUGAUCGGGUUAUCUAUGAUCCGUCGCUACGGACAGAAUGCUUCCCCAAUUGUCCACGUGCUCAUGGCCAAUGUUUACUUGCUGGUUCCACCUCUCAUGAACCCCAUCGUCUACAGUGUUAAGACAAAGCAGAUUCGUGACAGAAUCCUGAAGAAAUUCAAGAAAGAUGAAGUGUAGAUGACAGAGAUUCUGAAACAUAUCUUUCCCUCAUUCUCUUAAUAUUUAUGAGAAUACUUAAUGUAGUGUAGGAUUUUGAAUUCAUGUUACCAAUGAUAUUUUGACUUUAAGAUACUGUAUGUAAACCUUGAUAAUAGUUAAUCUGUAUAUUUUCAAUACAGAGAAUAAAGCUGUAGUUACAUUUUACAGUGAAGAUAUUCAUUACACACUGUGAGGGUCCUCAAUAUAUCAGAGUAAGAUUUAGAUUUCAAAAGUUUUCCCAUACUCUUUAACUUAAUUUAAAAAAUGUUUAAAUGCAAGUUUUUAUCCUCUGUUCAGGGAAACAAAAUAUUUCUAGUAGGAGAACCUCAUAUCAAAAAUGGACGAUAAAUAAAUAAAACCUAGCAAACUUUUAGAAGUGUAGAAGAAAGAAAAGUUGGACCAAAUUAAUCAAAUAAAUUGGAAUAAAGCAGAAACAGUGAUGAUGUAUGUAGGAAUCUACAGAGGGUUUUCUAUUAUGAGUAGAGACGCUAUGAGAUCCAGACUGCUGUCCAUUUUCUUAAAUCUGGGUUUUCAGUACAUUUCUAAAUUAUUGGUGGCAGUCUCAAGUUGUUCUGCAUCUUAAAAUGUGUUCCUUAUAAGCUGAGCAGGAAGGAAUACAGUUCUUCAUUUCCUGUGUUCCCGUCCAUAUACUGUCCUGAUCAUCCUUUUCUGUGUUCCCAAUGGCAUUCUGCACUGAAAUGCUCAACGUAUUUUUGGAGAUUAUAUUCUUCAUUGUUAAUUAUGGGAUUUAUACAAAUACAUAUUUUAAUUACUAGAAAAUUCUGAGAUGUUAUGCUAUGAAGGCUUUGUUUUCAACUAAAAUGAUCAACUGAAAUAUCUGUUUUUAAUUUAUAUAGAACAAGAAAAUAUCCUUAAAGAAUUGUGUAUACUCAUUAAUUCAACUUCAUCACCUUACACUCAAACCUGAAUCUGCUGUGGUCUGAUUUUCAUCUUCAUGAUUCCACUGAUUUGCAGUUUAUGAUAUUUCUAGUGCUCUACUUGUUACUAAAUUCAACAUCAAUAUCUUGAUUAAACUUCCAUUUUUCUUUGCAUUAU